AUGUCAGUUCUAAUAUCACAGAGUGUAAUAAAUUAUGUAGAAGAAGAAAACAUUCCUGCUUUGAAAGCUCUUCUUGAGAAAUGCAAAGAUGUUGAUGAGAGAAAUGAGUGUGGCCAGACUCCAUUGAUGAUAGCUGCUGAACAAGGCAAUCUGGAAAUAGUGAAAGAAUUAAUUAAGAAUGGCGCUAAUUGCAAUCUGGAAGAUUUGGAUAACUGGACAGCGCUUAUAUCAGCCUCAAAAGAAGGGCACCUGCACAUUGUAGAAGAACUGCUCAAGUGUGGGGCUAACUUGGAGCACCGGGAUAUGGGAGGAUGGACGGCUCUUAUGUGGGCAUGUUAUAAAGGCCGUACUGAAGUGGUUGAGCUGCUGCUUUCUCAUGGUGCCAAUCCAAGUGUUACUGGUCUGCAGUACAGUGUCUACCCAAUCAUUUGGGCAGCAGGCAGAGGCCAUGCUGAUAUAGUGCAACUUUUACUGCAAAAUGGUGCCAAGGUCAACUGCUCCGACAAGUAUGGAACCACCCCUUUGGUUUGGGCUGCACGAAAAGGUCAUUUGGAAUGUGUAAAACAUUUAUUGGCCAUGGGAGCUGAUGUUGAUCAAGAAGGAGCUAAUUCAAUGACUGCACUUAUUGUGGCAGUAAAAGGAGGCUACACACAGUCAGUGAAAGAAAUUUUGAAGCGAAAUCCAAAUGUAAAUUUAACAGAUAAGGAUGGAAAUACAGCUUUGAUGAUCGCAUCGAAGGAGGGACAUACAGAAAUUGUACAGGAUCUCCUUGACGCUGGGACAUAUGUGAACAUACCUGAUAGGAGUGGAGAUACUGUCUUAAUUGGUGCUGUCAGAGGUGGUCAUGUGGAAAUUGUUCGAGCACUUCUCCAAAAAUAUGCUGAUAUCGACAUUAGAGGACAGGACAAUAAAACUGCUUUGUAUUGGGCUGUUGAGAAAGGAAAUGCAACAAUGGUGAGAGACAUCUUACAGUGCAAUCCUGACACUGAAAUAUGCACAAAGGAUGGCGAAACACCCCUUAUAAAGGCUACCAAGAUGAGAAACAUAGAAGUGGUGGAGCUGCUGCUGGAUAAAGGAGCCAAAGUGUCUGCCGUCGAUAAGAAAGGAGACACCCCUCUGCACAUUGCUAUUCGUGGGAGGAGUCGGAAACUGGCAGAACUCCUUUUAAGAAACCCCAAAGAUGGACGGUUACUGUAUAGACCCAACAAAGCAGGCGAGACUCCCUACAAUAUUGACUGUAGCCAUCAGAAAAGUAUUUUAACUCAAAUAUUUGGAGCCAGACACUUGUCUCCUACCGAGACAGAUGGUGACAUGCUUGGUUACGAUCUGUACAGCAGUGCCCUGGCAGAUAUUCUCAGUGAGCCUACCAUGCAGCCGCCCAUUUGUGUGGGCCUUUAUGCACAGUGGGGAAGUGGUAAAUCCUUCUUACUCAAGAAACUAGAAGAUGAAAUGAAAACUUUUGCAGGACAACAGAUUGAACCUCUGUUUCAGUUUUCAUGGCUUGUGGUGUUUCUGACCCUGCUGCUUUGUGGAGGGCUUGGUUUAUUGUUUGCUUUUACAGUAGACCCAAAUCUUGGAAUUGCAGUGUCAUUGAGCUUCUUGGCUGUCUUGUAUAUAUUUUUUAUUGUCAUUUACUUUGGUGGACGGAGGGAAGGAGAGAGUUGGAAUUGGGCCUGGGUCCUCAGUACUAGAUUGGCAAGACAUAUCGGCUACUUGGAGCUCCUCCUCAAAUUGAUGUUUGUGAACCCACCUGAGCUGCCAGAACAAACCACUAAAGCUCUGCCUGUGAGGUUUUUGUUUACAGAUUAUAAUAGACUGUCCAGCGUAGGUGGGGAAACUUCAAUGGCUGAAAUGAUCGCCACCCUCUCGGAUGCUUGUGAAAGAGAGUUUGGCUUUUUGGCAACCAGGCUUUUCCGAGUGUUCAAGACUGAAGAUACGCAGGGUAAAAAGAAAUGGAAAAAAACAUGUUGUCUCCCAUCUUUUGUCAUCUUCCUUUUCAUCUUUGGCUGCAUUAUUGCUGGGAUUACUCUUCUGGCUAUAUUCAGAGUUGACCCCAAGCAUAUGACAGUGAAUGCUGUCCUCAUAUCAAUUGCGUCCAUAGUGGGGUUGGCGUUUGUGCUCAACUGUCGAACAUGGUGGCAGGUGCUGGAUUCACUUCUGAAUUCUCAAAGGAAGCGCCUCCAUAAUGCUGCCUCCAAACUGCACAAACUGAAGAGUGAAGGAUUCAUGAAAGUUCUUAAGUGUGAAGUGGAAUUGAUGGCCAGGAUGGCAAAAACCAUUGACAGCUUCACUCAGAAUCAGACAAGGCUGGUGGUUAUCAUUGAUGGAUUAGAUGCCUGUGAGCAGGACAAAGUACUCCAGAUGCUGGACACUGUCCGAGUUCUGUUUUCAAAAGGCCCAUUCAUCGCCAUUUUUGCAAGUGAUCCACAUAUUAUCAUAAAGGCAAUUAAUCAGAACCUCAAUAGUGUGCUUCGUGACUCAAAUAUCAAUGGGCAUGACUAUAUGCGCAAUAUAGUUCAUCUGCCCGUUUUCCUCAACAGUCGGGGACUAAGCAGUGCAAGAAAAUUUCUUGUGUCUUCAACAACUAAUGGAGAUGUUCCAUGCUCGGAUAAUGCAGGGAUGCAGGAAGAUGCUGACAGAAGAGUUUCACAAAACAGCCUUGGAGAGAUGACAAAACUUGGUAGCAAGACGGCCCUUAAUAGACGGGACACUUACCGAAGAAGGCAGAUGCAGCGCACAAUAACCCGGCAGAUGUCCUUUGACCUCACAAAACUGCUGGUUACGGAGGACUGGUUCAGUGACAUAAGUCCGCAGACCAUGAGAAGACUGCUUAACAUUGUUUCUGUGACAGGACGAUUACUGAGAGCCAAUCAGAUAAGCUUCAACUGGGAUAGGCUUGCUAGCUGGAUCAAUCUAACUGAGCAGUGGCCGUACAGAACUUCAUGGCUCAUAUUGUAUUUGGAAGAGACUGAAGGUAUCCCAGAUCAAAUGACAUUAAAAACCAUCUAUGAAAGAAUAUCAAAGAAUAUUCCGACAACUAAAGAUGUUGAGCCACUGCUUGAAAUAGAUGGAGAUAUAAGAAAUUUUGAAGUGUUUUUGUCUUCAAGGACCCCAGUUCUUGUGGCUCGAGAUGUGAAAACCUUUUUGCCAUGCACUGUAAAUUUAGACCCCAAACUGCGGGAGAUUAUUGCAGACGUUCGAGCUGCAAGAGACCAGAUUAAUAUUGGAGGACUUGCAUAUCCUCCAUUACCUCUGCAUGAGCCUCCCCCUCGACCGCCGUCCGGCUACAGUCAGCCGGCGUCCGUCUGCUCUUCUUCCACCUCCUUCAAUGGGCCGUUUGGGGGAGGGGUUGUGUCGCCACAGCCUCAUAGCAGCUACUACAGCGGUAUGACGGGACCCCAGCACCCCUUCUACAACAGGCCAUUCUUUGCCCCCUACCUUUACACGCCAAGGUACUGCCCUGGCGGCUCCCACCAUCUCAUCUCACGUCCAUCAGUAAAAACGAAUUUGCCCAGAGAUCAGAGCAAUGGCCUAGAAGUUAUCAAGGAGGAUGCUGCUGAGGGCCUUUCUUCACCCACAGACUCCUCAAGGGGAUCAGGCCCAGCCUCAGGUGCAGUGCCACUGAAUUCAAUGAACGUGGAUGCGGUUUGUGAGAAACUGAAACAAAUCGAAGGGCUGGACCAGAGCAUGCUGCCUCAGUACUGUGCAACCAUCAAAAAGGCGAACAUAAAUGGCCGUGUGUUGGCUCAGUGUAACAUUGAUGAACUGAAGAAGGAAAUGAAUAUGAAUUUUGGAGACUGGCAUCUUUUUAGAAGCACAAUAUUAGAAAUGCGAAAUGCAGAAAACCAGGUGGUCCCUGAAGACCCACGUUUACUGAGUGAAAACAGCAACUCUGUUCCUCACGGUGAACCUGCUCGUCGCUCUGCGCACAGCGAGCUGCCCCACACCGAGCUCUCCAGUCAGGCUCCCUACACCCUGAACUUCAGCUUUGAAGAGCUGAACACGCUUGGCCUGGACGAAGGGGCUCCUCGCCACAGCAACCUAAGUUGGCAGUCACAAACUCGCAGAACCCCAAGUCUUUCCAGUCUCACUUCCCAGGAUUCCAGUAUUGAAAUUUCAAAGCUUACUGAUAAGGUGCAGGCCGAGUAUAGAGACGCUUAUAGAGAGUACAUUGCUCAGAUGUCUCAGUUAGAAGGGGGCACAGGUUCCACAACCAUGAGUGGCAGGUCUUCUCCACACAGCACAUAUUACAUGGGUCAGAGUUCAUCCGGGGGUUCCAUUCACUCUAGUCUAGAACCCGAGAAGGGGAAGGAUAGUGAACCAAAGCAAGAUGAUACACGGAAGUCAUUUCUGAUGAAGAGGGGAGAUGUUAUAGAUUAUUCCUCAUCAGGAGUUUCCACCAAUGAUGCCUCACCCCUGGAUCCUAUUACCGAAGAAGAUGAAAAAUCCGAUCAGUCAGGCAGUAAGCUUCUCCCAGGCAAGAAGUCCUCAGAAAGGUCAAGUCUCUUCCAGACAGACCUGAAGCUGAAGGGAGGUGGGCUGCGCUAUCAGAAACUCCCGAGUGAUGAAGACGAGUCCGGGACAGAAGAGUCAGACAACACUCCGCUGCUCAAAGACGACAAAGACAAGAAAGCUGAAGGGAAAGCAGAGAGAGCGUUGAAGUCUCCAGAGCACAGCACAGAGCCCAUCCGAACCUUCAUCAAGGCCAAAGAGUACUUGUCAGAUGCCCUCCUUGACAAAAAGGACUCCUCUGACUCGGGAGUGAGGUCCAAUGAGAGCUCGCCCAACCACUCCCUUCACAACGAGGCGGCGGAUGACUCCCAGCUUGAAAAGGCCAACCUCAUAGAGCUUGAAGACGACCCCCACAGCGGGAGACGGGGAGUCCCGCACAGCCUGAGUGGCCUGCCAGAUCCCCUCGUAGCCCGGAUGUCCAUUUGCUCUGAGGACAAGAAGAGCCCUUCCGAAUGCAGCUUGAUAGCCAGCAGCCCCGAGGAAAACUGGCCAGCAUGCCACAAAGCCUAUAACCUGAAUCGCACCCCCAGCACUGUGACCCUAAACAACAACAGUGCCCCAGCUAACAGAGCCAACCAGAAUUCCGAUGAGACAGAGGGGCUGAGGGAGAUGCCCCAAGUCCUCCUGAGGUCAGGCUCCAGUUCCCACUCCACCGCUCUGCAGAAUGAGAACCUGAAGAGUAUGGCGCACAAGCGAGGCCAGCGUUCGAGCUACACGAGGCUCUCAAAGGACUCUUCGGAGCUCCAUGCAGUAGCCGCCUCUGAUAGCACAGGCUUUGGAGAAGAAAGAGAGAGCAUUCUUUAA